AUGAAAUCUUUUGAUAUCAAUAUUGACCAAGGAUCUCUUAUUUCACUUAUCCUUAUUCUUCUUGUUUUUGUUCCUAUGCUUCUAUGUGUAGCAUUUAUGACAAUUAUUGAACGAAAGGCUAUGGGAUCUAUGCAACGACGAAUUGGUCCUAAUGUUGUAGGUUAUUAUGGGGUACUUCAACCAUUCGCAGAUGCUCUUAAACUUGUUGUUAAAGAGCAAAUUAUUCCAGCACAAUCUAACAAAGCACUAUUUUUCCUUGCACCUAUGAUUUCUCUUGUAUUUAGUCUACUAGGAUGGGCUACUAUUCCAUUCGGAUCUGGUAUGGCUAUUACUGAUAUUUCACUAGGUAUGCUAUUUUCACUAGCUGUAUCAUCUAUUGGUGUAUAUGGUGCUCUAUUUGCUGGAUGGGCUGCUAACUCUAAGUAUGCAUUCCUGGGAUCUCUACGAUCUACUGCACAAAUGGUUAGUUAUGAACUUAUUUUCUCAACUUGUGUUGCUGCUGUUAUCCUUCUUGCAGGUUCACUAAAUUUCACUACUAUUGUAGAAGCACAAACAUCUAUUUGGUUCAUUGUACCUCUAUUUCCACUUUUCAUUAUGUACCUUAUCUCUGCUCUUGCAGAACUUAACCGUACUCCAUUCGAUCUGCCCGAAGCUGAAUCUGAGCUAGUUAGUGGAUUUAUGACAGAACACUCUGGUAUGAUUUUUGUAUUCUUCUAUCUAGCUGAAUAUUCUGGAGUUGUUCUUAUGUCAACAUUUUCUACUAUUCUAUUCCUAGGAGGAUAUGCUUUCCCAGAGAUUCUUGUAAAUGAAACUUUCAUCAACCUACAAAGUAUCAUUCUUGUAAUGAAAUCUCUUAUCUUCAUGUUCUUCUUUGUUUGGGUUCGUGCUACAUUCGUUCGACAACGAUAUGAUCGUCUUAUGAUUUUCUGUUGGACACAACUUCUUCCAAUGGCUAUCGCUAUGCUAGUUCUUGUUCCUAGUCUACUAGUUGCUUUCGAUAUCCCUGCCAUUAAUUAA